UCCCUUUCCUCUUCUUUAAGUCUAGGAUUUCAGUUAAAUCGGUUCCUGUUAAAUAUUUGCCGGGGAUAGGGAGUACAUCUGAAGGAACGGUAUAAUCCCAACUAGCUAUAACUUUAGCUAGAGAAGGCAAUACAGAUAUGAAACGGUUGUGGAUUAUUGGAUUCGUGUGUGCUCUUCUAGCCUUUACUUCAGUAAGAGCGGAGGACGAUGUAGACAUCGACGCGACCGUGGAGGAGGAUCUGGGAAAAAGCCGGGAUGGGUCCAAAACGGACGAUGAGGUGGUUCAGAGGGAGGAGGAGGCGAUACAGCUGGACGGCCUGAACGCCGCUCAGAUAAAGGAGAUCCGGGAGAAGUCGGAAAAGCACGUCUUCCAGGCUGAAGUGAACAGGAUGAUGAAGCUCAUCAUCAACUCCCUGUACAAGAACAAGGAGAUCUUCCUCAGAGAGCUGAUAUCCAAUGCUUCAGAUGCCCUGGAUAAGAUCCGGUUGCUGUCCCUGACCCAUGACGACGCUCUUUCCGGUAACGAGGAGCUCACGGUCAAAAUCAAGUCCGACAAGGAGAAGAACAUGCUGCACAUCACAGACACGGGCAUCGGCAUGACCAAAGAAGACCUGGUGAACAACCUGGGCACCAUCGCCAAGUCGGGCACCAGUGAGUUCCUCAACAAGAUGACGGAGAUGCAGACGGAGGGCCAGUCCACCUCCGAGCUGAUUGGCCAGUUCGGCGUGGGCUUCUACUCCGCCUUCCUGGUGGCCGACAAGGUCAUCGUCACAUCCAAGCACAACAACGGCACCCAGCACAUCUGGGAGUCUGACUCCAAUGAGUUCUCCGUCAUCGAGGAUCCCCGUGGCGACACCUUGGGCAGAGGCACCACCAUCACGCUGGUGAUGAAGGAGGAGGCAUCAGACUACUUGGAGCUGGAGACCAUCAAGAACCUGGUGAAGAAAUACUCCCAGUUCAUCAACUUCCCCAUCUACGUGUGGAGCAGCAAGACCGAGACCGUGGAGGAGCCGGUCGACGAAGCAGAUGAGGCCGAAGCCGACAAGAAGGAAGAUGCUGAAGAUGAGGCUGAGGCUGAGGUGGAGGAGGAAGAGGAAGACAAGGACAAGCCGAAGACUAAGAAGGUGGAGAAGACCGUGUGGGAUUGGGAGCUCAUGAACGACAUCAAGCCGAUCUGGCAGAGGCCAGCCAAAGAGGUGGAGGAGGAUGAGUACAAGGCCUUCUACAAGACCUUCUCACGGGAUACGGACGAGCCCAUUUCUCACAUCCACUUCACCGCUGAAGGAGAGGUCACCUUCAAGUCCAUCCUCUUCGUGCCCGCGUCGGCACCCCGCGGGCUUUUCGAUGAGUACGGGACCAAGAAGAACGACUUCAUCAAGCUCUUUGUCCGCCGAGUGUUCAUCACGGACGACUUCCAUGACAUGAUGCCCAAGUAUCUGAAUUUCAUCAAGGGCGUGGUUGACUCCGAUGACCUUCCCUUGAACGUGUCCAGAGAGACUCUGCAGCAGCACAAACUGCUCAAGGUCAUCCGGAAGAAGCUGGUCCGCAAGACCCUGGACAUGAUCAAGAAGAUCGCCGAGGAGCAGUACAACGAAAAGUUCUGGAAGGAGUUCGGCACCAACAUCAAGCUGGGCGUGAUCGAGGACCACUCCAACCGGACCCGGCUGGCCAAGCUGCUGCGCUUCCAGACCUCCCACAGCGAGACGGUGCUCUCCAGCCUGGAGCACUACCUGGAGAGGAUGAAGGAGAAGCAGGACAAGAUCUACUUCAUGGCCGGCACCAGCAGGAAAGAGGCCGAAUCCUCCCCCUUCGUGGAGAAGCUGCUGAAGAAGGGCUACGAGGUGAUCUACCUGACGGAGCCGGUGGACGAGUACUGCAUCCAGGCGCUGCCCGAGUUCGACGGCAAGCGCUUCCAGAACGUGGCCAAGGAGGGCGUGAAGUUCGACGAGAGCGAGAAGGGCAAGGAGAGGAGGGAGACCCAGGAGAAGGAGUUCGAGCCCCUCACCAACUGGAUGAAGGACAAGGCCCUGAAGGAUCAGAUCGAGAAGGCAGUGCUGUCCCAAAGGCUGACCAGUUCUCCCUGUGCCCUGGUGGCCAGCCAGUACGGCUGGUCUGGAAACAUGGAGAGGAUCAUGAAGGCUCAGGCUUACCAGACAGGAAAAGACAUUUCCACAAACUACUAUGCAAGUCAGAAGAAGACCUUGGAAAUAAACCCCAAACACCCUCUCAUCAAAGAGAUGUUGAAGCGAGUCUCAGAGAACCCUGACGACCAGACCGCUGCGGACCUGGCUGUGGUUCUGUUUGAGACGGCCACCCUGAGAUCUGGCUACCACCUGGCCGACACCAAAGCAUAUGGAGACCGGAUAGAGAGGAUGCUCAGGCUCAGCAUGAACGUGGAUCUCAAUGAGCAGGUGGAAGAAGAACCAGAGGAGGAGCCAGAAGAGCCAGCGGAGGAGGAGGAGGAGGAUGAUGCUGAAGACGAAGAAGUAAAAGCAGAAGAUGAGGAAACGGCUUCGACAGAGAAGGAUGAACUGUAAAGCACUGAAUUGGGGAAGGGUACGGGGGGUGGGGGGGGCUUGGGGGCGGAACAGAUUGGAGCCGUCAGAGCCCGUCUUCACUCUGCUGUGGGCGGGGCCUACCUGGGAUUGGGGUUUUUUUUAAGAGGGCUUUUGUUUCGUUUGUUUGGGUUUUGUUUCUGUUUGUUUUUUUACAUUCCUCAUGAUUGUAAAUUUGUUAAUAUUUAACUUGCCCAAUUAUGGAGUGAUAUCAUGUUGUCAUGUGAACCAGUAAAUGUUUCCAGAAAGGGA